CCCCUCUCUUCCAUUAAAUCACCUUGCAUAAUUUCUCCUCUAUAAAACCCCCUUUCAAACUCCACUUCUUCUCCUUCCCUCCUUCCUCCCUUCAUUCCUUUCUAGUGUUCUUCCAUGCUUUUAAGCUUAUUUUUGUUCUGCUGACUGCUGCAAACAGAAGAGUUUUCUUUGACAAGAAAGUAAAAAGAAGAUCCCUUUUUCCUUUCUUUCUUUGUUUCUCUCUCUCUUUUUUGGUUGUUUCUUUACUGCCAGUGUCAGCUUGAUAGCUUGUUUUUGUUACUACUAGCACAAAUCCCGAAGACCCUUUAAUCCAAGAAAAGCAGUGAAAUACGUUUUCUAGAAAAAAGGGGAAAGAAAAAGAGGUGGAUAAAGAUUGCUCUGUUUCUAGCCUUUGAUUUUAGUGAAGUUCUGAAGUGGGUUCGGAAGAAAUUCCAGUAAAGCUGAGGCUUUUGAUCGCCACUGUAAUGCAGAGUUUGAUGUCAAGGGAGCAAAAUCUGAAGGAGUAAUGAUGAUGGAACACAAAAGAUGCCCCGUCUCCUUGGAUCAAAGCAGUCUUGCAUCUUUGACACCAAAGCGACAUAAGGCUGAUAUUUCUGUUCUUUCCAAGGAAAAGAAAGAGAAGGUGGGUGAAAAGAUUACUGCACUUCAACAGCUGGUCUCACCUUACGGGAAGACUGAUACAGCGUCUGUCCUUCUAGAUGCAAUGGAUUACAUCAGAUUUCUCCAAGAACAAGUUAAGGUUUUGAGUUCACCUUAUCUUUGUAAUACACCAACAACUACAGCACAGGAACAAGAGCCGUAUAGCUUAAGAAGCAGGGGAUUGUGUCUUGUACCGAUUUCAUGUACGGUUGGGGUUGCCAGCAGUAAUGGUGCAGAUAUUUGGGCCCCCAUCAAGACAGCUUCCCAGAAAUUCUAGGAGCAGGAUCACAGGGAAGAAUCAUUCCUACCCUUUUAAUCAAGAUUUAAAGUAGGUGGUGGUUUAGAAGGUUAUCCUCUUGAGGCAGCUCACAAUUUUGUUAUGCAGACAGAAGAUAUGGUAAUUUCCUGGCAAGCAAUCUCUUGAUUAACUUCUGCUUGUUUCAAGUAUCUGAUGGAGAACCUCCUGAUCCAGUCUGCUAGACGAUCUAGGUUGAAGCCAUAGGCUUGCGAUAUUAUGCAUGUAUUCAGAAAUAACAAAUGUGUAAAAUAAUGUAAGCAUAGUUCAAAAAUGAACUGAAAAUGAAAGUAAUGGAUGAAAAAGGCGAUUAUUUUCACAAUCGCAGACGAUCCAGAAGUACCUGACAAAUCUCUGUAAUUGCAGCAGAGAAAGGCCCUUAUAUUCAAAGGCAGUAUUUGUUACUUUUU